AUGAGGCCAGUAGACUUUACCCCCUCGUCCGAAUCUCCCACAGCAGAGAAAGGAAUGAAGGUCGUCUACUUUGGUAACGAGCUUUCUCAAGAUGGCCUCCAAGGCAUCUGUCGACGACUACACGCCUACACCAAAGACCGGCGUUACCCGCUCCUGGCCCGAUUCAUCGAGCAGAGCACCUGGGCACUCCACGACGAAGUUCGACAACUACGUGCCGCGCAAAAAGCCUUGGUGACCCCGUUUGAGAGCGUUCUACAUCUUGCCGAGCAGCCUGAGCUGUGGGAAGGACCUCUCUGCGGGUCGAUCGAGGGCGUUCUUCUUUGUGUUAUCCAGUUGGGAACGUUUAUCGGAUACUACGAAACGUCACCGAAUGAGUACGCCUUUGACUCCGCACACACCUAUCUCACAGGCCUUGGACUUGGCCUGUUGGCGUCGACGGCUGUCUCUCUUUCCGCGACGCUGGCGGACCUUCCCUUGGCCGGGGCAGAGGUGGUCCGAGUGGCUUUCCGUCUUGGAGUGCUGGUUGCCGAUGUCUCUCAGAAUCUUCAACCCGCUGAUGCGACAGGCGAUCGAGGCUCAUGGGCCUACGUGAUUCCCAAUGUCGCUCUUAAGGAAGCAGAAGAGGAGCUUACUGCUAUCCACACGCGAGAAAAUACUCCCGAAGCUAGCCGGAUCUUUAUCAGCGCAAUCAGUCGGACGUCAGUGACCAUCAGUGGGCCACCGGCUCGACUCAGGCGCCUCUUUCGAAUGUCUGAUUUCUUCCGUGACCGCACCUUCGUUACGCUUCCCGUAUAUGGAGGGCUGUGUCACGCAAAACACAUCUACAGUUCGCAGCUUGCCCGGUUAGUGGUUCAGGGGCCGUCAAUAGCGGCCUUGGACACGCGCUGUAUCGCCAGAUACCCGAUCCUCUCGACCAGCAGCGGCGAGCCCUUCCCUACAGAGACGACGGCGACGGAGCUGUUCGAACAUGUUAUUACCGAAAUCCUCACGGAAGCUAUUGAGUGGGAAAAUGUCGUUCAGGGAGUAGUAGAACGGGCCAAGCUGCUCCCCAUGUCCGAGGUCCAGGUCCAGGUCUUCCGCAUCUCACUUCCUGUUCACGACCUCCUGUCAGCCUUGCGGACCUCCCUAAGGGAAGGAGUUGAGGUGGCUAUCAAGGACCUCGAUCCAUGGAUCACAAAGACGCGAGACGAUGAGCGACCUACACCGCGCGGUACGGCGCAGUCCAAGAUCGCCAUCGUCGGCAUGUCCUGUCGCAUGCCCAGCGGAGCGACCGAUACGGAGAAAUUCUGGGACAUUCUGGAACAGGGGCUGGACGUCCAUGGCAAGAUCCCUCCGGACCGAUUCGACGUGGAUAGCCAUUAUGACCCCGCGGGGAAACGCGUCAACGCUAGUCACACACCGUAUGGUUGCUUCAUUGACGAACCAGGCAUGUUCGAUGCCCCCUUCUUCAACAUGUCCCCCCGAGAAGCUCAACAGACCGAUCCAAUGCAGCGUCUCGCCAUUGUGACGGCCUACGAAGCCCUGGAGCGGGUAGGAUAUGUAGCAAACCGCACCCCAUCGUCCAACAAACACCGCAUUGGCACGUUCUACGGCCAAGCCAGUGACGAUUACCGCGAGGUCAACUCGGCACAGGAGAUUAGCACCUACUUCAUCCCCCGGCGGCUGUCCUUGGCCACCAUCCAGGCAGCCUGUACCGCUCUCUGGAACGGCGACACCGACACGGUAGUUGCCGGAGGAAUGAAUGUUCUGACAAAUUCGGAUGCGUUCGCCGGCCUCAGCCACGGGCAUUUCCUGACCAAGACUCCCAAUGCCUGCAAAACAUGGGACUGUGAGGCGGAUGGCUAUUGCCGUGCGGAUGGAGUGGCCUCUGUCGUAAUGAAGCGUCUGGAAGACGCGGAAGCAGACAAUGACAACAUCUUGGGAGUUAUUCUUGGGGCCGCGACGAACCACUCUGCUGAAGCCGUCUCCAUCACCCAUCCACAUGCCGGCUCCCAGUCCUUUCUAAGCCGACAGGUGCUCCGCAGCGCUGGCAUCGAUCCAAUGGACGUCAGCUUUGUUGAGAUGCACGGAACUGGGACCCAGGCCGGGGAUGCGGAAGAAAUGAAGUCAGUCAGUGAUGUUUUUGCCCCGGCUGUUAAGCGGCGCAGUUCCAAGCAGCCAGUGUUCAUCGGUGCAGUCAAGGCGAACGUCGGCCACGAGGAAGCUGUAGCAGGUGUCACCGCACUGGUGAAGGUUCUUCUCAUGUUCCAGAAAGAGACCAUCCCCCCGCACGUCGGCAUCAAGAAUAGCAUCAAUCCUGGAUUCCCGAAAGACCUAGAUCAGCGAAAUUUGCAUAUUCCCUAUGAAAAGCAAGCCUGGCCCCGCGGUCCUGGCAGGAAGCGCAUCGCGAUGGUCAACAAUUUCAAAGGGCCCCUUCGACCAAAGCCGGCUGGCGAGAUCGACCCCCGUCCUUGUCACCUAGUCGCCGUCUCGGCAAAGAGCAAGGUCUCCCUAAAAGGGAACCUCGAACGGCUGCUGGGCUUUUUGGACGCACAUCCGGACGUGGUCUUGUCUGACCUGGCGUACACGACCACGGCACGCCGUCAUCACCAUAAUCAUCGAGUCGCCGUGGCCACUUCGGAUGUCGUGCAUCUGAAGAAUCAGCUGUGCGCAAGCCUCGAAUCCGACUCUGGAUCCUCAUACAAAUCAUGGAACCUCCAGCUCUUCCACGACUCGCCGUACUUUCGCGCGCAGAUCCUCCAUUUAGAUACGCUGGCGCAGGGGCAAGGGUUCCCUUCUUUUGUCCCUGCCAUUGACGGCUCCUAUCCCCAGGACCAUGCCCAUUCUCCCAUCAUCACACAACUAGCACUGGUCUGCACCGAGAUUGCUCUAGCAAAGUACUGGGCCUCACUAGGGGUGCAGCCGGAUGUGGUGGUGGGCCAUAGUCUGGGGGAGUAUGCGGCCUUGCACAUCGCUGGAGUUCUGUCUGCUAGCGAUGCCAUCUUUCUUGUCGGACAGCGUGCGUCCCUGCUUAAAGAUAGGUGCCAGCCCAGUAGCCAUCAGAUGAUGGCGGUUCGGGCGUCCCUCGCGCAGAUUGAGCAGUUCGCGGGGAGCCUGCCAUAUGAGGUUGCCUGUGUCAACGGACCCAGGGAAAUGGUCCUCAGCGGCACCCGCGAGGAGAUGGCGGCGGUGGCCAAGCCCCUGCAAGCUGAGGGAUUCAAUUGUAUUGUUCUGGAGAUGGAUCCCAUCCUCGACCAAUUUGAGGCGCUGGCGGCAUCGGGCGUGGUCUUCCAGGCACCUAACCUGCCGGUGAUCUCGCCGUUGCUGAAUUCGCUAUACACCGUCAACUUCCUCUCUGCGAUGGAGAUGGCGCACAAGAUUUCCACCAUUGACGAUGCCACCGUGUGGGUUGAAAUCGGUCCACACCCUGUCUGCGUAAACUUCGUCAGAUCCUCCCUCCCCACGACCAGCGUGACAGUGCCGUCGUUCCGCCGCGCGGAGGAUAACUGGGUAACGCUCACAAACAUGCCUGUGGACUGGAAUGAGUUCCACCAGCCCUGGAACGAAAAGACAUACUGGAUCCAAUACAAAGGGAAUUGGGCCCUCACCAAGGGAAACACCUUCUACGAUGACGAGGCCCCACAGGCCAAUGCCCUUGCUGGGCUGGCACCGGAGCUGAGGACGUCCACCGUCCAGCAGAUCAUCCACGAGCAGUUCGACGGAACGGCUGGGUCGAUCCCAGAUUUCCUAGCGGCAGCGUAUGGACACAAAAUGAAUGGACGGGGAGUUGUUACCUCGUCGAUCCACGCCGAUAUCGCGUUCACGCUGGGUGAAUAUCUCUAUAAGAAGUUGAAUCCCAAUCAGGAACUACACAUGAAUAUCGCCAACCUGGAAGUCCUCAAGGCUCUUGUGGCGCAAGAGAACACCAAGUCACCACAGCUCAUCCAAGUGUCUGCGAGCACCGAGAAUAUCCGGUCCGGACAGGCACAUCUGAAAUGGCGCAACGUGGUCAACGGGUCUAUUGAGGAGCCCUUUGCCAGUGCGACUAUCUACUACGAGGAAGCAAGCGAGUGGCUGGCAUCCUGGCGUCCUGCGGCGCAUCUCGUGCAGGGCCGGAUCCAUGCGCUUGAGCGGCUCGCAGAAGACGGCGUGGCCAACCGCUUCACCCGGCGCAUGGCCUACGGACUGUUUGCCAGCAGCCUGGUCGACUAUGCCGACAAGUACCGCGGCAUGCUGUCAGUGGUGCUGCACGAUCUCGAGGCAUUUGCAGAUGUCGUCCUCACCGUAGAGAAAGGCGGCACCUGGACCGUUCCUCCGUACUUCAUUGACAGUGAUGGCGGUCGGAUCCUCGUGAACAUGGCGGAGCAUCCGCAGGAUACUAUUGAUGUCAUGAACCGCAGUUCGAAAGAGUACAAUGUGGCUCCGCUGGAGCCGCAGUGGUUUCGACCGGGGGCAUUGCGCAUCCGGCUGAACAUGGCCCAGGGCGGCAUUACAGGCCUUCUACCGCCUGAGCGACAGCAUGAAGUGACGGAUCCUGACUUCUCGGGCCCUACUGAUGUGAUUGUGUAUGAAACGGAUGAGGAAUGGGCGAUUUGA